AUGUCCAUCAACAUCUAUGGUAAUAUCACUUUGGUGGGAAACUCUUCCAUCACUACCACCCGUAUUAGCCGAAGGCGCCCACGUUGUCAGCAAACUCGACCGGAAGUUGAAGACCUCGCAAUUGGCAAUGUGCCCAAUGAAGAUGCGGCCGUAGAACAUCAACAUCAAGCUAUAGAACAUCAACCUCAUGUAUUAGAACGACCGGAAGUUGAAGACCUCGCAAUCGCCAAUGUGCCAAAUGAAGAUGUGGCCGUAGAACAUCAAAAUCAAGAGAUAGAACUUCAACCUCAUGUAUUAGAACAUCAGCCUCCACUUCGUCAAAAUCAUCAAGUAGCUCAACAACCAAGAAGGAACAAUCGGCCCCUCCAGCGUAGAUCGUCAAGAAUCGCCCGGCGUGCCAAUCUCAUCCGCAGACCUAUCCGCCGGCGCAGACUCCCACUUCCGUCCGUCCAUGAGGAUCCCUACUUCUGGACCAGCAUCUGGAGCUUACCCCCAAAUCUCCGCAUGUACCUUUCCCCUGAGUGGCAACCGGUCUGGUGCACUCAAAAUCUUCUUCGACAAAUACUCUGGCACUUCAAGCCAAACCUGCAAAUCCCGUGUGGCACGCUGAAAGCAGAACUCAUAGAACUCUUUCAAUCCCAUGUUGUCUAUCACUACGGUGCUUACUAUGGAAUUUAA